AUGGAAAAGCUCCUCAAGCGACCUGAGAAGCUCCGAGGAGACCCAAAAAAGCGCAACAAAGAUAAAUAUUGUCGUUUUCAUCGCGAUCACGGCCAUAAUACGUCAAAUUGCUGGGAGCUUAAGCGCCAGAUUGAAGACCUCAUUCAAGAUGGCUACUUCAAAAAGUUCGUUGGCAAACCGAGGUCGAACUCGGCGGAAAAGAAAGAAGAGAGGAAGCGUUCGAGGACGCCGCCUCGUCGAGAUGACCGACCUGCGAUCAUCAACACCAUUUUUAGAGGCCCAAGUGGGGGCCAGUCUAGAAAUAAAAGAAAAGAGCUAGUUCGCGAAGCUAGGCGCGAGGUAUGCAUCAUUAGAGAGCAGAGAACGACCUCCUCCAUUACCGUCGACGAUGCCGGCUUGGAAGGGAUCCAUUUGCCCCAUAAUGACGCACUUGUGAUCGCCCCUGUCAUCGAUCAGGUCUUGGUCCGAAGAGUACUGGUAGAUGGAGGUGCAUCUGCCAACAUCUUGUCCCUUCCAACAUAUCUUGCCUUGGGAUGGACCAGGUCACAGCUGAAAAAGAGUCCAACACCCUUGGUGGGAUUCUCUGGAGAAUCGGUCUCCCAAGAAAGGUGUAUUGACUUGCCAGUCACGAUUGGGCAAGAUGAUACACAAGUAACUCAGAUGGCCUAG